CUGGGACCGGUCGCCAGAUGCCGCCGGACUGACCCCCCGAGCUGGGGGCUGCGGCGGGGAGAGGUUGAAAAUUUGCAGUCCUGAGGCUUUCAGACUGAAAAAGGCUUUCAUCUCUCUCUGACAAUCUCCACCAUGAUUCAUAGUCUUUUCUUGAUCAACUCCUCUGGAGAUAUUUUCCUGGAGAAACAUUGGAAAAGUGUGGUCAGCCGUUCCGUUUGUGAUUACUUUUUUGAGGCGCAAGAGAGAGCAACUGAGGCAGAAAAUGUGCCUCCAGUUAUCCCUACCCCUCACCACUAUCUCUUAAGUGUUUACCGUCACAAGAUCUUUUUUGUGGCUGUCAUCCAGACGGAGGUCCCGCCUCUGUUUGUCAUCGAGUUCCUUCACCGAGUAGUGGACACGUUUCAGGAUUAUUUUGGAGUCUGUUCAGAGCCGGUGAUCAAAGACAAUGUGGUUGUGGUUUAUGAGGUGUUGGAAGAGAUGCUUGACAAUGGGUUUCCAUUGGCUACUGAGUCGAACAUCCUCAAAGAACUGAUAAAGCCUCCCACUAUUCUGCGCACAGUUGUCAACACCAUAACAGGAAGCACCAAUGUGGGGGACCAGCUUCCCACUGGGCAGCUGUCAGUGGUGCCUUGGCGACGGACUGGAGUGAAAUACACCAACAAUGAGGCCUAUUUUGAUGUGGUUGAAGAGAUUGAUGCCAUCAUUGAUAAAUCAGGUUCCACCAUCACUGCGGAGAUCCAGGGGGUGAUUGACGCCUGUGUCAAGCUGACUGGAAUGCCAGAUCUUACGCUUUCCUUCAUGAACCCCAGGUUGUUGGAUGAUGUCAGCUUCCAUCCUUGUGUUCGUUUCAAGCGCUGGGAAUCUGAGCGUAUUCUCUCCUUCAUCCCUCCUGAUGGAAACUUUCGCCUGCUCUCUUACCAUGUCAGUGCACAGAAUCUGGUGGCAAUUCCAGUGUAUGUCAAACAUAACAUCAGCUUCCGGGACAGCAGUUCACUUGGACGCUUUGAAAUAACGGUGGGACCUAAGCAGACUAUGGGGAAGACCAUAGAGGGAGUGAUUGUCACCAGCCAGAUGCCCAAAGGGGUCCUGAACAUGAGCCUCUCUCCAUCUCAGGGGACACACACAUUCGACCCAGUUACCAAGAUGCUGUCUUGGGAUGUAGGAAAAAUAAAUCCCCAAAAGCUACCAAGUUUGAAGGGGACCGUGAGCCUUCAGGCUGGAGCUUCCAGACCAGAUGAGAACCCCACAAUUAACCUGCAGUUUAAGAUCCAGCAGCUGGCCAUUUCUGGGCUCAAAGUGAAUCGUCUGGAUAUGUAUGGAGAAAAGUACAAACCCUUUAAGGGCAUAAAAUACAUGACCAAAGCUGGAAAGUUCCAAGUUCGAACCUGAAAGGAGAGUUUGGGAAGGGAACAGUCAUGAACACUUUUUCAUUUCUGACUUGUCUAAAAGUAAAAACUAUCAGCCUGUCUCCUAGGUCAGUCCCCUCCCGGACCCACCGCUCCCUUUGUCCUUAGCCUUCAGUGCCGUGGAAGUAAUCUAGGGAGAGCGGGUCUCCAGGGAGAACUGGACAGAACUGACACACAGUCAGCGCCAACUCAGUUCUCAGAGAAGAGAUGGCGAGGGAGGGUAGAGAUACUUGACACCAUAUUGGACUUUUGUAACGUGGUCACCUUAGGAAAGAUCCAGCAUUUGUUCCUUGCUUGGCUUUAAUUAUCUAAAGCCAAUGAAAGACUUCCUUGUUUUUGAAGGUGGAAGGAAAGAUUAGAAAGAAAGAAAGCAAGCUUGGAAGAGAAUGACUGUUAGUCAAGGAAAGGCCAGUUAAGGAUCUGCCCGAUGAGGGAGAAGAAAGAGGAAACAGUGUUAAAGACGUGUGAGGCCGCAUAGGAAAGGGAAGUGGCAUGAAAGGCCGUCAAGCUCCACGUGAAGGAGGGCUGGAAAGAACAGGGUUGAGCUGGUUUCUUUCUGAUUCUCUGUUUUCAUUUACAAAAGAAAAUUGUGCUUCUGGAAAUGAACUGUAAACUUCUUAACUUCAAGUCCCCUAUUGACAUGGAAACCCCAGUAGAAUCAGACUUUUCCCUUAAAGACCGUGAAGGUGUUUGACCACUAGUUUUCAGAUAGAACUGCUGCUUGCCGUUGGCACUCGGUCUGUCAUGUCCAGUGAGACAGUGACCUGCCCUCUUCCAGGUGGGGGUUGCAUGAAAUGCCUCUCUCCCUAACCCAGAACAGUUUUACUCACUCUGCUUUACAGAAUGCGCCAGGCUUUUUCCUGUUGGCUGAGGAGAGUUUCAGAAAAGCCUCCCCCGGGACCCUGGGCAGCCAGCUUUUGUGUGCCAUAGUGCUGGAGUGCAGACGGCCAGCUCGCUCCUCGUGAGGGUACCACGGCUGUAGCCCAGUGAUUCCUUAUUUUCGUUGGUCAGUGCUGGACUGGCACUGGAGUCUAAGCCUUCCUGUCUGGAACUUUCCCAUCGGUAAUCCUAAGUGGAAAGAGUGCUCCCCGUUGAGGGCAUGGCUGAUCCUUGAAGCUGCUCAUAAAGUGAUUUCCUCAGAGUCUUUUGUACUCUAUAAUGCGUUUCUUAGCAGUGGCUAUCUCCCAGUCCAUUUUUGUUUUAAGGCAAAAAAAAAAUCCCUUAAAUCUUUGAGUAAAAGUAAAGUAGUACCUCAGGCUUUCUCACUGGGUGAUUUUUAUUCUAGUUCAAUGUGUCUGUUACUCAUUUAAAUAUUUAUAUGAAAGAUAGGGGUUUUUUUUAUUAGUAUAGCUUUAAGGAGUGACAUUGUGCUCUGCUUCAUGCAUGGAGAAAAAUGAAGACCUAUACUCUCCAAAUCCUACAGUUUUUCUCUGAAGCCCUGUUUCCAAAUACUUAAGCAAUUUUUUUGCUCGUUUUAUCUUCCUACUUCCUGGACUUGUUUUUGCUGCACAUGUUGCUUUGUGGUUUUCCUCUGGGGUAAAUUGUGUGUAUACAACCAGAUGUGUUUCAUAUCCAUCACUCAAGAAUUUGUCCUGGAUUACUAUGUCCCAUAUACACACCUACCAAAGUAGGGGAAACAUCUCUGCCUGUGGAUUCCAGAAUACUUGAAAUCACUUCUCCUGAGGGCUCUGAAGGAUUUUAAAGUUUCCUAGAUCACAGGAAACAUAGUCUUCGUCCUUGAACAUUUUUAGGUUUGUAAGUCUAGCUGUUUCAUUUCCUCCAGGACAGCUCAUCCUAAUUUCAAGGGAAGAACUUAAGGAGAAGUAAAGGCUCUAGGGUGUGGGGCCUGCAGGCCUGCACAUAUGGAGUCGCUGCCGCCUCUGUCUGUGGGUGGCAGACCCCGAGCGCAGUGGAGCUGUGUGUUAGUGUCCAUGCGGCUGGCUUUCUCCCUGAGCCGUCCGGUUCCAUACGUGUUGAACAUGUGCAGAAGCAUCUUCUCUGUUUAAGUCUUAAUAAAGUCGAG